AUGUAAGAAUCAGAAACAAAUUAAGUAAGUUAAUUUGAAAGCGAAGAAUAAUCAAAUCCAGCUUGUCCAAAUAAACCUAUAAUUCCUUAUCUUGUAUAAAAGAGCUUUGUUUAAAAAUCUGACAAUGCUAGCUAUCUAAAUUGGUAGUAACCUGAUUCAAAAAGAAAUAAGUCAUCUUUGGCAAUGAUAGGGACAACUUAUAGUAAAUCAAAACAUGAAUGCUGUGAUUAAUUAGAAUCAAUAUCGAAUUCAUAAAGAAAAGCCAUUCAAAAUUAGAUUUAAACGAUGAGUUAAAUGAAUUAACUUAUAAUUGACCACUCAAAAUUGUUAGAAGAAAUGAUGGCAAAAAAGAGAGAAGAAUCUGAGAAAAAUAAAUCAGCAAAUGAUUAAUCUGACAUUUAAAAAGAAAUUGCUGAGAAAGAAAGGAAAUUUAAAGAAUGGAAGGAGAAAUGUGAAAAAGAAAUUUAAUUAAAUCAAUAAAGAGACAAUAAAAUAAAGUAAGCUUGAAUAAUAAAUUAGAGAUUUAAAGAAGAGAAUAGCAGAACUUGAAGAGUAAUCAUAAAAAUCAAGCUAGACCAUAUCUUUAACUUAAGAAGUUGAAACAUGGAAAAAUAAGUUUUUAAAUCUGACAAAAUAAAAUAACGAAACAUAAAUUAGAUUAAAAGAGUAUGAAACUGAAUUAGAAUAAUUGAAAUUAAAUUAAUCUCUUAAAAAUAGCGAUGAAUAAGUAAAUUAAAUUAUAUAUAUUAGCAAUCAACCACAACUGUUACCACAACAAGAAAAAGAGGAACUGUAAAACCAACAGAAUAAAUUUAAUAAUGAUUAAAAUGAC